AUGUCGAUUAAAGUCAACUUUUUGGCAUUGUCGCAGGCUUUGCUUGCACUAGGGGCAUUAUCAUCUCCGGCGACCACUACGUGUGCACCCAUCAUCGACUUAGGUUAUGCUCAGUACCAGGGAUCAAUAGAUACAGCGACAAACAUCACCAGCUUUCUUGGAAUACGGUAUGCGGCUGCUCCAGUUGGCAACUUCAGAUGGGCAGCUCCGCAGCCUCCAUCGACCAUCUUUGGGGUUCAACAAGCUACCACGCAACCAAAUGAAUGUUAUCAAGCACCCCCAGGCAAUUCUUCGACUGAUCCCUAUAAAAGUAUCUCUAUGAGGAAAAGGGCUAUCAGUCAGUCUGAAGAUUGUUUAUUCUUGAAUGUAUACACUCCCGGAAGCGAAGUGGUGGCCACGCCGUCGGGAGGGCUCCCAGUGGUCGUAUGGAUUCACGGAGGAGGGUAUAAUCUAGGAGCUGCGAAUUCAUACAAUGGCGCAGACCUAAUCGUGGAAUCAAAUUAUGGUGUCAUCAUUGUCGUGCUCCAGUACCGCCUUGGUUUAUUCGGUUUUCUUCCUGGAGAAGCGGUCAAAGAAGGGGGUGCACUCAAUGCUGGACUACUUGACCAAAAUUAUGCGUUACAGUGGGUCCAGGCCUACAUAAAUAGUUUCGGUGGCGACCCCGCGAAGGUAACGAUUUGGGGAGAGUCUGCUGGUGCUGGUUCUGUGCUGCAGCAUCUUGUUGCUCAUGGAGGAAACACGCAGCCUCCCCUCUUCAGAGCUGCCAUGACGAGUUCCACAGUCUUGGCAUCACAAUACAACUACAAUGACCGAAUUCCAGAGAUGCUGUACAGUCAGGUCGUCGAAGGAACAAACUGUAGCUUGAGUUCGGAUACCAUCUCUUGUUUGCGCGCUGCAGACGUCAAUACGCUGGAGACCUUGAACUAUAACAUCAACCUCAACGGCUUCUUUGGCACGUUUGUGUUCGUCCCUGUCGUGGAUGGCACUUUCAUCGUAGAGAGACCUACCGUGACGAUUAGCAAGGGUUGUUUGAACGGCAAUUACCUUCUUGCCAUAACCAAUUCACACGAGGGAAACAUGUUCGUGAACCAAUCGACGACAUUGGAUAUCGCAGAUUAUGUCAAAACGCGUUUCCCGAACUUUGGUUCUGCUCAGGUUGCAGGAGCAGUGAUGACGUACCAGGACCAGGGAAGCAACAUCGACCAGGCAAAUCUCGUGACGAGUGAAUCACUAUUCGUUUGUCCUACUUAUUAUCUCCUCAAAGCAUUUGGAAAGCGAGCUUGGAAGGGCGAGUUUGCAAUUCCACCUGGCCUGCACGGACAAGAUAUUGCAUAUUACUUUACUUCGCCUGGUCCUGCAUACAACAAUUCCCAGUUCAUCACUGCUUUCUCGAACUCAUUCAUGGCUAUGGCCAUGUUCGAGACUCCUAACGACAGAUACACCCCAGGAGACACCACACCUUUCUGGAAUUCUUGGCGACAUGGUCCCACAGAGAUGAUGUUCAACCAGACAUCCGCGGGAGUACCUGACGUUUACACUUUCAAGACUGACAUGGCCUUGCUCGAGCGUUGCGCAUACUGGCGAAGCGUGUCGGCGUAUACGGUGCAGUGA